AUGGAUAGAAGGCAGCCUCCCACAGGGCCCACCCCAUCAGCCGGAUUUGCACAACAAAACCCGAUCAUGGCCACGCCAAUACCAAUACAGCCUGUUUAUAGAAGAUGGGAUGAUGAUUGCAAAUCUUGUGAUACAAUAACAGUUUGGUCAACGUAUUAUGUCAACGAGAAAGGGCAAAGUACAACAUGUACAACGACCGAAUACGAUACUACCACUUUAACAAAUCAACCACAAACACUUGUUCCCACUUCAACAUACAUCACCCAAUAUCAAACCCUUACGAGUACACUGUAUUCAUCCGCCGCACCUUCGCCAACAAGUACACCUCCAGUCAUAGGAGCACAAUCCGUCUUGGUUCAAGGCCAAUAUUGUGAUUGCGAAAAGGCAUGGCUACGGUUCUUGUUGGGAGGCGUUCCAAAUGGAGUUGGUGAAGUGAUUGCAUCACGUUUGACGAAAUAUACCUAUAUUCGUGAAAUCUUUUUCAUUUUAUUGCCUUUUCUCAUCUUUUUGGCAAUCAUGGUGGCCUUUUUACCUACACGAGCAUAUGCAUCAACACAUGAUUCGACAAACCAUAUCCUUGCUCAACACGUCAUGUUUGCAAUCGCAGUUCCGAUCUUGUUCGAUGUGGCUUUGCAGGUCUACGCUUUGCUCAAAAAACGAGCAAUGCUUUCGGGUUGGAUCGAUGCAACUUCUAUCCUUUUGCGUGUCAUCAAUGCUGCAGCUUUAAUCUUGUAUGCCAUUGCGGCCGCUAAUCUUGUUCAAUUCGUCAAAGGCUGGGAAGAAGGAACACAGACAUGUGCAAGUGGACUGCUCAAUCAAAUUUCAACUUUAAAUAUCGUUGCCGAUUUCAUGGAAUUAGCUGCUCUCGUAUUGGGAUUCAUUUUCCUCUUUUGGGCCUUUUGGAGACUACGAAUGAACAAAGCUGUUUUGUUCAUCCAAGCACACAUCUUUUUCCUGUUAAUGAUCUUCUUUUUCUGGCGAACGGCGCACGAUAUCAGUGCAGAACAGGCAUGGUCCAAACGGGCCGAUCGAAGCUGUGGACCUCUUUGCGCUUCAGGAACGUGGAACAAACGAACAGACGUCAAUACAAUCCAAAUUGCAUCAGGAGCAAACGUUUGUACAGUUUCGACAAAUGGAAUCUUUUAUUUCUUUCAUUUUCCAUGGUCUUCCGUUCAAGCGAUUUCACAUCAAGGCUUGAAUGGACAAGCAGCUUUUUGGCUUUUGGCAGUUUUGCCAAUCUUUUUGGCCGCUUUGCUUUUGAUGAUGGUCAAUUUACUCGUCUACACUUCUGCUGAACCGGAUAUCUUAGCACAACCAGAUAGCGUUCGGUAUAAGCUUUGCUAUAAUGAAGACACCAAAAAGAUGGAAUUCGUUCGAUUGGACAACGUUGGCGGUCCAGCUUUACCUGAUGGACAGCCUCUUUACGAAAUCGUUCGUGGAAAUGAAGGCGACGGAUGGGAGAUUCGUGAAGCAAGAACAGCCACAGUUUUGCCUGCUUGGGAGAACGUUACCGUCCGGCCAUGGUACAAAUGAUGAUUAUAAUCAAGAACUUUUUCUUUUUCUUUCUCAAUUCUCUCUACUCUCAAACGGUACAUACAUCUU